GGUCGUAGCGGAGCGUCCCGCGGCAGUACACAAUGGGAUUCAGUGUGGUGGUGAGCGUAGUGGCAUUGGCCGGACUGGCCUGUGCCACGGUCGGUGACAAUGCCCUAGACGCCGGCGAGAGGGUGGUACUCGUGGCACCAGUGCUUGCGCCCCCCAAGGACUCCAGGACUCACGCUAAUGAUCGGUCCAGACAGUUCCCGAUUUUAGUACUCUUAGCCCAAGAGAACCCGCCGCCAAGUGGACGGGAGACCUCUGCUAAAUCUUUAGGAAUCAACCCUCAACCUAUUUAUGUUCAGAAGCUCAAGACUUCAGACCAAGAGAAUGCUCAGCCAGUGAGACAAAACCGACAGAAGCGACAUCUGUUAAAGAGCCUUCUUCUCGGAGGUGGAGGUGGAGGCGGGAUAUCCUUUGGCGGAGGUUUCGGGUAUGGCGGAGGUUAUAGCGGAGGUUAUGGCGGCCAUGGCGGUUACGAAGAACCCACCAAAACUAUUGUAUUGGUGAAAGAACAUGGACAUGGCAGGGGAUAUGGCGGUGGCUACGGCGGUCACGGCGGCUACCACGGUGGAUAUGAUAACAGCGGUUAUGGACACGGAGGCGGAUAUAACAAUGGCGGCGGAUAUAACAACGGUGGUUACGGCAACGGCGGAGGCUAUGGCGGAGGUUACGGCGGAGGAUACGGCGGUGGCGGUGGCGGCGGAGGUGGUGGAGGCGGAGGAGGCGGUGGCGGUGGCUACGGCGGCGGCUUUGGCGGCGGUUACGGCGGUGGCGACGGUGGUUAUAGCAACGGUGGCUACGGUGGCCAUGGUGGUAGCGGUGGCUACGGCCAAGGUGGACACGGUGGCGGCUGUGGCGGCGGCUGCGGCGGCUAUGGCGGCGGCGGUGGCAGUGCGACUGCAACGGCCACCGCCACUGCCACGGCGCACGCUAACUCCCACUCUUAUGGAAAACGCAAAUAAUGCUCGGUAUGAUCUUCAAACAUCUAGAAUAAGGAUAUCUACCGAAGUGAGAUUGAAUCUUUGCCGUUUAGCAUUUGCAGUUUAAUGUGUACAUGGUGGUUAAUAACAAUAUAACUGUUUUUUAUUGUUUCACUUA